AUGCUGUGUGGAGCACUUUAUGGCAAACACACAAAGGCGCGAGGUCACGGGCCCACGCUGUGCGGAGUAGGCUCUGCGUCCUACGUCAUCGUGGGUUGGCUGUUAUUUCGUUGGUGCUCUCAUGCCUUGGAGAUCAUGGCGAUGGUGGCGGCACUGUGGCGGAGUGCGAGGGGAUAUACGCAGACCAAGGAGUUCCGGAACUACCUGGCCAGCACUCACUUCUGGGGUCCCGUGGCCAACUAUGGCCUUCCGCUGGCUGCCUUUAAGGACAUGAACGCGUCACCUGAAAUCAUGAGUGGCCGUAUGACAGUAGCGCUCAUCUUCUACUCGAUGGCCUUCAUGCGUUUCGCCUACCAUGUACAGCCUCGAAACCUGCUGUUGUUCGUGUGCCACAGCACCAAUGUCGUGGCGCAGAGUGUGCUGCUGAGCCGCUACCUGAAUUACUACUACGGCGGAGGCGUGUUGGCGGCUGUUGGUACCACCGCUGCCACCACCCUCGAUCCCACCAGCGGUCCUGUACCUGUUAGCGACCUUGACAAUGACGACUCCUGCUAG